CGCCAGGAGUGCGCCGCGUCCCUACGCUCGUUCCGUCUCUCUCCAUCUCUCAUACUUUCUCCAUUGUUCUCUUUCGCGCGCCCUGCCGCGAUUUUUUAAAGUCGAGAACAACGCGCUCUCUCUUUCUCUCUCUCGCUCGAGUGAAUGCCGCGAAUACAUACGUCUUCAGGACCGUAUUCACUCUCGACCGAGGUACCAUCGUGACACGCGCUGCGCCGUCGAGCUGGCAUCGCGUGGCAUCGCAUGUCUGGAUCAAGCAAGUCGAGACAAGCAGAGAUAAUAACCUUCGUGGAGGAACCUUGACGUCGCGGCACACAUCGCGUUAUACAGUGAAUAUUUCAAUCAGUAUCGAUCUAUCGCGUGUGAAUACAUCGUGUGUGUCUGUGCUCUUCUCUUUCUUUCUCUCUCUCUCUCUCCAAUCCUAUCGUGUACUCGUCAUAUUCGUAGAAAAAUCUCUCCCUUUCAUCCCACGCGCAGUUACAUAUCAGGCUACCAUUAUACGCGCUGUCAUUCUGUCACUUCAUAAAAAAUACUUCCUUCGCGCUAAUAUACGCGCGUCGCGUGUAAAUAUUUCAAAGCGUUAUCGAUCUACCGUGCAAAACACAGGUUUCACGAGUACUGAUGUGAUACCGAUCACCCUCAUCCUCUUGACAAUUCGAUGAUUAAUGAUCAACCACGCGAGUGCUUUAGUACAACACGGCAGUAAGAAGUUGGUAAAAGUUAAGCACUCGAACACUUUCGCGAGUGAUCCCCCGUGUCGCGGGGAUUGUCAGCGUCUUUGCACGAGCGGCUUAAACUCCGAUCCCGAUGCUGUCCGAUAUUAUAUCACGCCGAUUUCUCCUGGGCUCGGACGAAGCAUCGUACGUCCGAAUUGGCGUUUACAAUGUGUCGUUAAUCUCUUAGUACAUUCCGUCAUGAGUUAGGCGGCUAUCGGUGUGCUCAGAGAGGAUCGCGCGCAAAAAAAAAAAAGCCCUUGUGUCGGAAGGGCAACAAAAUCCAAAAUACGAAAUCGUGCGUCGGGAUUUGGGAAAGAUCUAAAAGAAACGCUAAACAUCCCCAUAUACCUCCUUGUGAUCGUCGCACCGCCACCACCACUGUCUCUCUUCCACGCGCAUCCUCGAACACACGACCAAAUCGACCAAACGUAUCCGAACGGUCGAGUGAAAAGUCGAGAAAAAAAAAAAAAAAAAAAAAAACAUACACAUACACACCACGAGAAAUAUAUGCCGAUAGCGAUCUGAAAUCGUGCACUGAAGUCAGUCAUGAAUCUUAUGUUCCGCAAGAAUUUCGGAGGCGAGAAGGGAUCCGGUGGUGGCGGACUAGGUGGUGGAGGACUAGGGGAAGUUCGGCCCGUCCUGGGGAGCGCUUACGGAACCGGCGGUACCUCGUUCGGUCAGCUAGGGACGCGUUUCGGCGCGGCGCGCGUCGGCGUCGGCCAGUCGGUGGUCGGCGGCGCACGUGGACCCGCACGACGCAGCCGGGAGUUCGGAUACUCUCCGUCGAUGGGCGAUCACGAGCACCAGGGCCACGGCUAUCGUACUCACUUGUUCCUGUCACCGCCCGCAGGUGGGGCGCUUGGCUCGCCACCCGAGGAACCGGGCGAGCGGCUGGGUCCGCCGCCGCGCCGAAAUUCGGGACCUCAUGUGAUCAAGUGGGGCGGCGGCGGGCCCGUCGGUUCAGCGCAGGGUGCGCAGACCGCGAAUCAAGCUAGGAGAAAGCAAAACCAGAAGGAAUCUUCCGAUCCACCGACCCCGACUGCGUCAAGGCAGCAGGUAUCUUUCAGUGGUAACCGUGCUUCCGGCACUUACACACCCCUCGUGGUCUCUGGAAACAGUCCACCACGAGGCGAACCAAUUUCCUUGGCCACUUUGGACCGUGACUGUUUCAUCAUACCUCUCGCUUCUCUCGAACGUUUUUUACCAGCGGGUGUGCCACAUGCUCCUGUCGCCGACAAAAAAAGACCGGGUAGUCCUUUAUCGGUUCUCGAGGUCGAGGAUCCGAAGCAAUGCGUUCUCGCGCAUUUCAUGACGCCGUUGGAGCCUCUAGAUCCCUUAAUUGAAUCUCCAGUAUCUCGUCCAUUGGUUUUACAACGCGAUACCGCCGCAGAACUAGUCGCCGAGUUAGCACCCUCUGCGUCGCAAAGUAUUUUGCUUACAAAUAUGGAGAAGAACGCGGAUUUCCCGUUCAUCACAUAUUAUUUAAUAAACAAGCAAAAUACGGAUCCCAUGGAUUUUUACAAUGAAGUUCAAUGCGCGGCUUUACGUAAGUUCGAUCCCCGAGAUCUCAGAUAUGCAGCCAAUCACACAUUGGAUCUAUUCAAUGAGGUAGCAACUAUCGCAAGACCGCCGCUCGAACCACCCGGUGGAAGACCACCCAUUCCGUCCACCGGCUAUAUAGUAUCGAUUUUCAAAGUUUUUGAAGGUGAUGAUGGUCUUAAAUUUGAACAAAAUUGGCUCUAUUGGACAGGUGCGCGGAUGAUAUAUCGAUACUUGCCAAAAUCGGUGGGUCUGAGGCGGAUUACUUUACACAAAUCGACAUCGCAAGGUGACAAGAUGUAUCUGUUAAUCUGCGAAUGCUCACAACUGCAAGACAAUUUAUCCGCUGCGGCAAUACUUUUACCGGCACUUCGCGCACGCCUGUGCGGACACAUCGGGCUUUACAGACCCUCCGUGUGUUUCUGAUUCCUUACCCAGCUAUUAGAAUCUGCGAGAAGUAUUGUUUCGAAUUGCAUUACAUGCAUCUCUCCACAGGAAAAUCUAAGCGAAACGAAACGCAAUCCAAGUCAUAGUGGCUGCCAAGAAAAGGCACGAUACUAAUUUUUGCAGGAAUUGUAAAAUAUAUCGUCGCAAAUGCCGCUAACAAACGAGACACUGUGAUUUCUACUAUCGUACUAUCUAUUAUAAGAAGUGCAACUUCGUAUACGCUUUAGAUAAAUCUUGUCGAAUAUCGACGAAACAGCAUGCUCGACUAGAUACGCCACUGGACCUAUUUGUAUUUUUCGACUUUACUAUUUCGUUCAUCAUCAAACGAGCGUUGUCCGAAUAUGAUUACCAAACGAAAUGGAGAUACAAAGAAUAAAUAGCAAUAAAAUUGUAGGCUGCAGAAAGUAUCGCAAUAUACUUAAUGCAAAACAGAUAUCCAAGAAAUAAUCUAUUAUAUACAAAUGACACAAUCCUCAACAUUUAAUUUUCUGGGAACAUUUUAUGCGCCGACAUGCAGAUAACAUAUUACCGAAUAAAGACUUUUGGUUACCCUAUGCCCUAUGGUAUCGCGCGACACACACACAUUACCAUAACAAUAUAUGCAACGUACUUUUCUUAUAUUAUUGGUAACUAUCGAAUAAUCGCUACAUACAAUUACAUAUCAUACUCGAUAAACUGUGAUAUUUGAGCGAGUGGCGUAUAUAUCACAAUGAAAGAUAAAUCUUCUUGAAAUCUACUCUUGAAAAUGCUACUAUUGAAAUCAAUUUAGGUGACUUAGAUACAGAUAGUGGAACUUUGAAGGCCGAUAGAACGUAAUUUAAAAAACCUUUUAUCGAUUAUCUUCAUAUUUGAUAUUAUAUAUUCAUAUACGCGGAUUAUUGACGCUCGCGAAAUUUGAUCGACAUAUGCAAAUGUGGAUAAAUUCCAGAAAAUAAAAAAUUUAACAAACUUUCAUGUCUAACUAUAAUAUUAUUUUUUUAGAAAAUUAUAAAAAGAUACUGUUUUUAUUGUAUAAAUUAUAAUUUAAACGUAAUUUUCAUCUUUCAAUAAACGAAGUUGUUAAGUAUAUGCAGAUUCUUUUUUAGGAAAAAAUGUUUUGAUCUUUCUUUUUCAUUUAAUAUUCAUAUAAAAUUUAAUUAUAUAUAUAUAUAUAUAUAUAUAUAUAUAUUUUAAUUAUUUACACUUGAUACAAUUUUAUUUUUAUUAUUUAAAUCCAUACUUUAUCCACAUUCAGUGUAAUCUCUCUAUUGGAAAGACAUGAGAAUAGAAUAAUGGUAUGUGCGGGAAAAGCUUAUACAAAUCCCAUUUUUUAGGUGCCUAUAGCCAUUUUAAAGAGUGGAAGAGUAGCGUGAGUUGGCAUUGUAGUACAAAAAAAAUAAUACAGCCAAUAUACGCUUGUGUUGCAUACAGACAAUAGCUAGGAUGAUUACGCAGGCGUGAUCAUCACUCAGUAGAUUUGUAAUUACCCGACGACGCAAUGGCGUACUUAUCAUACGCUGGAUUCGUACUCGCUGAAUACAAAGUGGAACAAGAUACUCUUAAUUAUAAGAAAAAAAAAUGGAAAGUAAGGAAAAUUCGCGAUUUUACUGUGAUCAUACGCGUGUCAUGUUCGAUACACACAUUCGUGUUUACGAUUCAUUGCGAUAAAAAAGCGUAAUUGUGAGAUAUGGUGCAUAAAGCGGUAGUCACACCAUGGUGUCCAGUCUAUAAUAUGUACAUCAUUAGAACAAGAAACAUCAAUUAUAAUUAAACUACGCUAAUAAAACAUUUGGCUACUACA